AUGGUUCACAGCCCAUUUUCCCAGCUGCCCCAGGACUGCUUAGUGGGUAUCCUGGAUCAUCUUGCCUUGGAUGAUGCCUUGUCCUUGGCGGCCAGCUGCGCCGACCUGCAGGCGUCAUCCACGCCCUUCGUUUUGCGGGACCUCCGGAUAGACUGGACUAACCGACCCCGACGGCAGGUGCUGCAGCUGCUGCAGAUCAUCUUUAAGGAUCCCGAAUACGCAUCAUAUGUCCAGCAUGUGAGCAUGAUGGGGUCCAGCUACCCGUGGAAAGAUAAGGACCCGGUGGACUGGGAAAGCGAGAGGCACGAAUUCGAAGGCUUGACCGACCAGGCGAUGGAUCUGGUGCGACGAGCCGGGUUUUCAAACCUCAAUCAUUGGCAUAUAGCUAUCUACGGCGGAAACAUCUAUGCGUUGGCCACCGUGUUCCUAUCGCAGCUACCAAACAUCAAGUCGCUGCGCCUGGAUUAUUCGUUCGUCUGGUGGGACGGAUAUCCAGGUGUUAUGCUAAAGCAGGCUUUAUUGUACCCUACCGGAGUGUUUUCAACGUUUGAUCGGCUUGAAACGGUCGAGUACGGUGCAAAUGUCCCGAUCGCUGAGGACGAGCGGCCAGACGACGACGAGGUACCCGAUGGAUAUCCUCCUUACAACCCACGCCAAUUUAUGGCCUGGUUCUGUCUGCCCGCCCUGCGUCAUCUGAAUAUCUGGCUGCGUGAUAUUGAAGGCCUCCAGGAAAUCAAGCCGGACCUUGACCUUAGCAAUCUGGAAACACUCAUUGUAGCCAGAAGCACUGCUACGGAACAUCACAUGGACUAUCUUCUUUCGCGAGCGCCGAAUCUCAAAAGUCUCCACGUUGCACUCGCCUUUGCCUGGAGAGGUGAGCCGAUUUUAGAUGACUCUCCCAUCUUCGCGCAGGCACUGCAGGCGGUCCGCCGGACGUUAGAGAAACUCUCCCUCGGAGUGGAAUAUUACCCCUCUAAUCUAGGUGAUCGCGAGUGGAAUGAGGCGGAUGGUGGAGCCUUCGAACCAUUUCAGCAAUUCUUUACUCGCUUCACAAAUCUUCAAGAGGCCGAGAUUCCCUCGGCCAUGCUAUUAGGGUGGUAUUCUGAUGAGUUACCCGAUCUUGGGCCUCUUUUGCCCGAAUCACUCUCCCACCUAUGCCUGCGAGACGAUUUACGGGGCUUUUAUGAUUUCGAAUGGACAGAAGACCGGGCGAUCCUGUUGCUGGAGUCCUAUCUCCAAGAUGGAAAGUGGAAGGCGCAUACGCCGUCUCUGAAGCGCAUCACGUUACGUCUCUGGGAUCAGAAUUAUACCCAUCUCAGACACGACCAGGAAGACCGGCUGCGAGAGGUUGCUAACAAAGCCGGGAUUGAAUUCAAUAUCGUGGUAGAUGAUCUUGGUACAGGCUUGUGGGCUUUGGAUCCUCCUUCAGUUUGA